AUGUAUUUUUCAGGAAUAUAGCCAACAGGAAAAAUGCAUUUAGGGAAUUAUCUAGGUGCAGUUAGAAAUUGGGUUAAAUUAUAAUAACCUGGAAAUCAAAAUAUAUAUUGCAUUGUAGAUUUACAUGCAUUAACUGAUAAAUUAACAAUAGAUCAUGAAAUUAAAUUUAAUUUAAACACUAAAUCAGACACAUUAUCUCUAGCAGCUACCUUAAUUGCAUCUGGAAUCAAUUAUAAAUAAUCAAUAUUUUUUGUUUAGAGUCAUGUUCCAGAACAUGCAGAAUUAUAAUGGAUUCUAUCAUGUAUUGCACCUUAAAAUUGGCUUAAUAAAAUGACUUAAUAUAAGGAUAAGAAGAAAGAAUACUCAACUCUUGGACUUUAUACUUAUCCAUUAUUAAUGGCAGCUGAUAUUAUACUUUAUCAGUAAAAAUAAUUAAUUUUAAUUAGGGCUUAAUAUGUACCAGUUGGUUUAGAUUAGAAAUAACAUAUUGAAUUAACAAGAGAUUAUGUUUAAAGAUUAAAUUCUCUUUUUAAAUUAAAUAUUAUUGAACCAUAAUAUUUGGAAUGUAAUUCAAAAUGGAUGUUAUCAUAGCUACAUGUCCAAAAAUUAUGAGUUUAAGAGAUGGCAAUAAAAAGAUGUCUAAAUCUGAUACUAAUGAUGGCAAUAGAAUUAAUAUAGAUGAUUCUAAAGAAGAAAUCUUUGAAAAAAUUAAAAGAUCUAAAACUGAUUCCAUUCCAUAAAUUUAUUUUGAUUAAGAAUAAAGACCAGAAAUUUCUAAUCUAUUAAGAAUAUAUUAAGCAUUUAGUAAUAUGAGUAUGGAACAAAUUAUAAAUAAAUAUAUGACAAAAACAACAGUUGAUUUUAAACGAGAUUUAUCUGAGUUGAUUGCUAAUGAAUUAAAUACAAUAGCUGAAAAAAAGAAAUAAAUUCUUGAAAAUUAAAGUGAAUUAGAAUAAAUCUUAAAGUAAGGAAGUUUAAAAGCUAGAGAAAUUGCUUAACAAAAUUUGAAAUUGAUAAAAACAAAUGUAGGAUUAUUAAUUUGA